GACGCCGCGAAUGAGAGUCGUACUGCUUCGUUCCUUCGACACGUCACUGGCAUGCUCGGCUCUUGAAGCCUUUUGCUUUUGACGGCUUUUCUGCUCUUGUCAGUUGCGUUUGUAGUGUUCCUGGAUGCUUGCAUAAAAAAACAAACUCACUUCAGUAGUUCUUUCUAUCGAGGUUUUUGACAGUGACCUCCGAGUGUGGAAGUGAUUUUGCGAAGUGGGUGAUUGCAUGUAAUUUAUCUCGCUGUCGUUGUUUUUUAUAUUGUGCUUUGUGAUGAUGAAAUGGUCUAGCUAGUCGGCCCCGCCCCUGUGCUCGAGAUAGGAAUCGAGACCCUCACGAUGGCGAGGCAAUGGCUGUGGAUGUGUGUGUGGGUGGUCGUGCUGGUCGUCUCCGGCAGCGCCCACUCCAGGAGGCAGAACGACCACAAGAAGGGCCCCGAGGCUGUCCUGGUAGAGACCCUUCGUCAGGUACUAGGGGUGCCUAAAUCGGAGGGGGGCCCCGGCUACCACCACAAGACCCACCGCCCCCCCAGGUAUAUGGUGCACCUGUACCAGCGGAUCACGGAUGGCCACGGCACCCUGCCACGGCGGGCCAACACCGUCAGGAGCUACACGCCCAAGUCAGUAUCACACUACCGCGCUGUGCAAACCAGUGUGCUCAGCUUCCUUAUACAAUAUACACUAGUGUUACAAAUCACAAUCGACGCCGAAACGCCUUUAGAAUGCCCCACUACCUCACAUGGCCCGGGUUCUAAAUCGUUCCGCCAUCAUCUCACUCCCAUUUCGACACGGCAGCUCCUUGACCUCAAACGGCCCGUCGACCUCCCACAAGCCCUUCAAGAUUUCUGCUCGACCUUGUUCAUUCCUUGA